UUCUCCCACACAGGUCCCCAUGGUCAGAUGGGCAGAUGCCAGGGGGAUGGAACGCCUCUUCCAACAACCCAGAGCUGCGAGCAGCAGGGAUUAUUGUGCCUGUCAUCUUCUCCCUCAUCUUCCUCCUGGGUACUGUGGGGAACGGGCUGGUGCUGGCUGUGCUGCUGCGGAACGGCCAAGUCAUUAACACCACCAACCUCUUCAUCCUUAACCUGGCCAUGGCUGACCUGUGCUUCAUCAUCUGCUGCGUCCCCUUCCAGGCCACCAUUUACACCCUGGAUGGGUGGCUUUUUGGGGCUUUUGCCUGCAAGGCUGUGCAUUUCCUGAUCUACCUCACCAUGUACGCCAGCAGCUUCACCCUGGCUGCUGUCUCCAUUGACAGGUACCUGGCCAUUCGCUACCCGCUGAAGUCCCGGGAUCUCCGCACCUCCCGAAAUGCAGGAGUGGCCAUUGUAGCAAUCUGGUCACUGUCACUGCUUUUUGCGGGGCCUUACCUCAGUUACUACCAGAUUGUCCAUUACCACGGGGUGCCCAUCUGUGUCCCCAUCUGGGAGGACCAGCGCCGGAAGAUUCUGGACAUCCUCACAUUUGUCUUUGGAUACCUUCUGCCCGUGACCGUUGUGAGCCUGGCAUACGCCAGGACCAUCAAGUUCCUGUGGACCUCUGUAGAUCCCAUAGAAAGGAUCUCAGAGUCCCGGAAGGCCAAGCGGAAGGUCACUAAGAUGAUUGUGGCUGUGGCCAUCCUGUUCUGCCUCUGCUGGCUGCCCCACCACCUGGUCAUCCUGUGCUUCUGGUUUGGCCACUUCCCCUUCAACCGAGCCACUUAUGUUUGCCGCCUGGCUUCCCACUGCCUUUCGUAUGCCAACUCCUGCCUCAACCCCAUCGUCUACGCCCUCAUCUCCAAGCAUUUCCGCAAGCGUUUCAAGCAGGUCUUCACCUGCCUCUUCCUCCAGAACAAGACCAGGAAGAAGAAGAAGAGAUUUGGAAAGAAAGUCCAUGUGGUCAAUGUGGGCAAAGGUUUCACCAACAGCGCCAGAGGUUUCUAUGGAGCCAACACUGAAGUGACCCAGGUCGCAGAGGAGAACACCAGGAAGAGGGACCCUGAAGAUGCCAAUCAUGCCAGAGCAUGGACUCACCAGCUACAAGAUGCUACGUUCUCUGUUCAGAAGGAGCUACUGGAGGAGGAAGAUUUGGCAACACCUGGCCGUCCCCUAGCUGUUACCCCCAAGAGGAGCUCAGGAGUUUCUGGCUGUUCGCUACAGAUGAACAAAGUGAAGAAACCUGUUUUUCAGUCAGUUCCUGAGGGAUUGCUGCCUCCUCUUUGAUCUUUGCUUGCUACUUGGAGCUUCAUCCCUUCCUUCUGGCGCUGAAGGACCUGUUCCUCUCUGAACAGCAGCGUUAUUCAGUGAUGUUGGCCCCAUGUGUGUGGUUUACUGACUCAGCUAGACAAUUUUUUUCCACGUGAUGAUGAUGAUGAUUGUGAGAGAAACAAUGGCUGUCACCGAAGCAGAAGAAAGUAGCCAAGCUGCAAAAAGAGCCAGGGGACAGUUGUGGUGAGGCAAAGGAGAAAGAAAUGGGGCCAUAACACCCAUGUGCACUUAGUUCAGUCUUGUCUCCUCAGUGCCCCUUUCUACCUGAAGGUGCUGGAAUUUCUCCCCUGCUUGACCUUAAUAAACCCUGGUAAUUUCCU